AUGGCUCCGUUAAGUCUUGAAGAGAUCAAGAAGAAGUAUAAUCUCAAAUCAGUAUCGGUAGCCAAAUGGAGGGACCCCAAAGACAGUGCCUUUCUCGGCCAAGGAGUGUCAAACUCUUCUUCAGUUCCAGCCGCUGCAGCUGCGGCAGCAUAUGUGCCGCCAGCUUACAAGGUGCGCUACAAAAUACCGGAACCCACUGGCGACGAAGAGUCUGAGCCCGAGGAUGACACGGUCAACACCGACGAGGUUGACGUAUCUGCGGCACAAGUGCCCGUAGACUCGCCCAUGGUACCUUCCGAGGAACUCUCACCGGUGGCGCGCUUGUUACCAGACACUGUAGCUAUAGCCAGCGAAAGCGCAGCGGAGCCGAUUGUGGUCGACCAAGCACUUGGGUUGUCGGACCUGCUACCUAAGGACUCUCCGAACGCUGAUGACCCGGAGGCUACUGACGAAGCACAGACGACAUCUGCUGAGCAUACUUUGCUGAAUGCAUUACCAGACGAUGGCACUGACGACGAACUACCGACAUCUGACCUUCCCAGCGACGCCGAAAUUGUUAUCCCGCCUUUUCAGCGCCCCCCCGGUGCCUUUCCGGAGCAGCAGGAGUCGGGCGUAGCCGUCUUGGUAGAAACUUCGACAGCGACGACCGCCGAGACGGAUAUGGUCUUGGAAGAUUUUCUGGCAGAAGGGGGCGAUCCGCAGCGACUUCUCGAAGACAGAAGCGUCCACUUUGCACCCGGUACGCCUGAUCCAAAACCGUCCUCGCGUAAGAAGAAGAGUGCGAAAGGUACGAAAAGUACGAAAGGUAGGUCAAAGAAACGAUCAUCAAUACCUAUCGAAGAGUUGCCAGAUGAUAUUGUGGAAAUCGUCGACGAAGCUGUGCAGGCACUACCGCCGGAAGCACCUAUGGCUCCUGAGACGGACACCGCGCUAACCGCUGACGAUCUGCAUCCGGUUGAGGAGGAUCUCGUUAAGGCAGAUGCUCAAGCUGAAAUCAGCGAAGGCGAACCAUCUAAGCCCCUAGAUGCACUGAUAUAUUUGGGAGACAUUGUCGACGUUACGCCAGCACCGGACGCACAGUCAGUGCUGGUUGUGCCAGACCUGCUAGUCGCAGAGAUGGGCCUCCACUCUUUCGCAGAAGGCGUAAACAUCAACCCUGGUCCGACUAAAGCGGAAGACGCAGAUGGUCUGACAGCCGCCAAGCCGAAGAAAAAGAAGAAAAGCUCGAAGUUAGCCGACAUGGACGAAGAGAAACCGAGAAAAAAAAGCUCGAAGAGCAAGUCAAAAGAGGCUGCAUCUUCUGUCACCGGAUUGGGCAUCGACAUGGUCUUACCUCCGCCCCCUUUACUUGGAAGUGACGAGUUUCUGGAGGACAUGCCGCCUAUGCCGUCACCGCCUGUGCUUAAUCUGCCGCUUGAUGACAUGCCAACUCCGACCCUAGCCGAUCUUGCUGAUGAGGUUGACCUGGUUGUACUCGAUACUGAACUCGAAGAAAGCUCCGCAGGCGCGCCAAUCGACGCUUUGACAGAGCCGAGCGUGAGCAGUGCAGCAGCAGACGCAGAUCUUAUUGCGCCGGCCAUCGACCAAGCAGCGGCUGAUGAUGUCAAAGACACUUUUCUUCCUGCGAGUGACAUUGGUGAUGAAGGCAAUGCUAGCGAAAAGGCAGUCAACUUUGGCGACCCUUACGUUGACGCUAAGUCUGACGAAGCAGUGGCAGAGAAUUCCAUGGCUGCAAACGGCGCCGGGGAGAGUGCGGUGGAAGCCGAGGAAUCGCCAGCAGACACCGAAGAAUCCGGAGCUUCGGAAAAAGUGUCAGUGACAGCUAGCUUAAACGAUGCCGACCCGGACGGUUCUGGCGCUACAAAAGAUGCCUCGCCGCAGUUGGACGACAACAUAGCGGCCCCUGAUGAGGAAGAUAUGGGCGUCAAUGAUACAGCGAGUGCUGAGAACGAGCCUAUGCAAGGCUCCAGCGAGAUCGAAACCGAGAUGCACAAACAAAACGAGCCGUCCGACGAGCAAAAAGACCAGGUACAGGAAGGCACAGUGGCGGCCACUGAUGAUACAAUGCCGGAGCCACUUGACACGCAAGCGGCGCACGUCGACAACGUUCCUCCCGUUGCCAGUGGUAUUGCUGCGGAUGACGUUGUCGUUGCGGAAGCGGCAGACGCAAUACGUUCAAGCAGCGAAGCCGACCUGGACGCUGAAGUCUUGAAGGCUGCCGAGGCUGAAGAGAGCGAGCCCGCAGUCCCAGCUGGUGAGGCAGAGCACUUAACGGGAGAAGAUGAGAUUCCGUCCGGCGUGGAAUCAGCGCCGCUGGAGGCACCCGAGCCCACCGCAGACGAUGUGACUACGGGUAAUGGUGCUGAGCCCGUUAAGCCGAAUGCUCCGCUUGGAACGGAGGAGACUGGCGAAGGAGACGCGACGAAUGAGUACACGGCUGAGCCAUCGCCUGCAGCCCCGUUAGGAGCGCCGGCGAUCGCAGCGCAGUCUGAUGAGCUAGCAGUAGAGGCUGAAACCGAACAACGGAAAACCGAACAACGGAAAGAAGUGCCUCCAGAAGCUGUCAUUGAUACCAGCGCUGCUGAUGCGCCUCCAUCACCAACACUCAGCAGAGGCAGCGCGAAUAAGCAGCAUGGGAGCCACUGGGAACGCAAACCCUCCAGUAAACCUGCAACGAGUGGCACUAGAACAAGUAAAACCAGCUCGAGCGGGCGAAACAAAGAACACGCAAGGGAGGAACCCAAGAGUCGACAGCGUCCGCACAAGGCUCGCCGCUACUCCACGACCGCCGAAGAAGAAGCCGAGCGUAAACGUAGGCGCGAGGCCCGCAAGGCCGAAGAGAUCGCUCGUAUCGAAGAAGAAGAGCGGAGGAAGGCUGAGGAGAAGGAGCUACGCCUGAUUAGACACGAGGCAAGGCGUGCGGCACGGAAAGCGGCUGCAGAGGAAGCUGCGCGGAUCGUGCGAGAGGAAGCAGAGGCUGUUGCGCGGGAAGAGGCAGAAGCGAGGCGCAAACGGCAGGAAGUCAGAGAGCGGGGAACGGAUCGACCAGCGAAGCCACGGAGACAGUCCUUCACGGCGGCACCGCUGUUCUUCAGCACCGGUAGCACGCAGCAGUCACGGUCAAGUAGGGAGCACACUUCGUCCCGCAGCUCGCGACAUCACGGCGAGCGGCAGAGCGAAAGGGCGAGGAGAGCGGCGUCUCCGGAAGUUAGCAAGUCUAUACCAGAAGUUCAAGAUGAAGUACCUCACUCAGAUCCUGCCGCUACCGAGGAUACCACUGCAACGACAGAGCAGGAUUUACCUGCAACAGCCGAGGAGCCUCCAGCGAGCUCCACCAGCGGCGCUCGUUCGCACCGUAAACACCGCGACGGCUACGAGACGGACCGCCACGCCGCCGACCGCCCACGGUCGAGUCGCAGAUUGAGUGAGCAUCGCAGCAGCAGACCGGCUUUGGAUCAGCGACCUACAUCUUUCAUCAGCGCCUUCUUCCGAGGGUUCUAG